AACUGAACUGCCUAAAUGAGACCAAGAGGAACUUAAAUAGUGGCUGAUCAGUCCACAAAAGAAACACAUGGGGCAAAACAUACACAAACCUAACUAAACCAAAUGAAGCAAAACCCCGUUUCCCCCCAUAGCACUGAUGUGGUAUGGCCCAAAUCAGAUCAGCCCCUUGGCCACCUGCUGGUUCCUCAGCCAAGGGACUAGAGCAACUGAAACACUCAAACAGAGUAUAAGUUAAACAGAGUCAUAACAAAACAGGGUAAACAAAAAUGUGCACACUAAUUUUGAAAUAGAGUGUAAUGGUGAUAAAUAAAUUCCAAAUAAUGAAAUGGCUCUGUAUAUGAAACACUAUAUGAAAAAUAAACUAAAUUGCAUAAGUCAUAUUUGUCACCACAUCUAUGUGGCUGUAAAUGAAGCCACCACAAAGACAUUAGUAAAAAGGUUGUUGUACUGGUAAAAGUUAAUCACCAAUCACAAAUACAUGUGACACUUUUUUGUGUGUGCAAAUGUUUAAAAUAUUAACAAUUUCUGCUUUUUCACAGUUUGUAUCAUUUCUCCAUCAGCUGCCACGGAAUCGGAAAGUAUUCUGCCGACAACACAAAACUGGGAGUUUCUGCUUUUUGCUCUUUGAACUGACAUUACUGCACAAGAGAUCUGAUUGGCUAUUUGCGCUAGUGACAGUGUGAUAAAAAGGGAUGUGACAAAGGUAGUGAAAGCAACCUCAGAGCAGGUUUAACAAUUGAUAUCUCUGAGUCAGACACACGGAGGGAUUUUUCCUUCAAAGCCAAACUGCUUCAGUAGAGUACAGGGCAGAGCAUAUGGAGACAAACUACAGAGAAACACUGCAGGCGGACUUUGAUGCAUUUGAUAUAUCUGAAGAGCUCGGAUUUAUCCUUGAAGAGCCACUGACUCACCUUCCAGAUUAUUAUCGAGUGUGGAUGGACCUGGCAAAUAACCUGGCACAUCUGAUUGAGUCACGUAAACUACGAGAUCUUGUUCAUAAGAUGCCGGUUUUGAGUCCCCAUCUUUUAAGUAACCAUCGGGAGCUCAGGCUGGCCCACCUUGCCUUGGGGUUCAUCUGCAUGGGAUAUGUAUGGCAGGAGGGACAACAUGAGCCUGCACAGAUUCUCCCCAAAGCCCUAGCCUGGCCUUACUGGCUAAUAUCUCGCAGGCUUGGUCUGCCACCCAUCCUGACCUAUGCAGAUUCAGUCUUAGCCAACUGGAAAUUAAAGGAUCCAACAGGGGAUAUGGAAAUUGGGAACAUGGACUUGAUAUUUUCUUUUCCUGGAGGGGAGAGUUGCAGGGGAUUUUUUAUGGUGUCAUUGCUUGUGGAGAUGGCUGGAAGUUCAGGCAUAACGGGGGCCCUCGAGGUGAUGCACGCCAUGAAAAUCUCAGACCUAAUCGGCAUACAGAAAGGUCUAAUCAAAGUGACACAGUCUUUGAGGAAGAUGAAGGAAACCUUCCAACUCAUGCACAAUCACGUGGAGCCAAACGCAUUUCAUGGAACAUUGAGAAUUUUUGUCUCAGGGUGGCGAGACAACCCCAUGCUUCCAAGAGGGCUGCUGUACGAAGGCGUUAGCAAUGAGCCUAUUUUGCUGUCAGGUGGAAGUGCAGCUCAGAGCUCAGCCAUUCAAUGCUUUGACGCUUUGCUAUGCAUUCAGCAUGAGGGUGAGACAGGAGCCUUCCUGACACGCAUGCGAGAUUACAUGCCCCCUGCCCACCGUCAGCUGAUUGAAACUCUGUCUGUCUGUCCAUCGCUGCGAGAUUUCAUUACGACUUGCUCCAGCUCUGACCUCUGCCAGGCCUACAACUCCUGCGUCUCUGCGCUGGUGGAUUUGCGGAGCUAUCAUCUCAAUACUGUGGCCAAGUAUGUCCUUGUGCCGGGUAACCGUGCCAUAUCCAUGGGCUGCCCUCUCAGAGGGGUGGGCACAGCCCUCAACACCACUGGAACUGGUGGCUCUGAUCUCAUGGUCUUCCUCAAGAGUGUUCGUAACACUACUCAGAGAGCACUAAUCCUAGAAAGGCCCACGACUUCAAGAGAAACAUAAAUUGAGUAUUUAUAUUGUAGUGUGUUGUGCAGACAAUACAAAGUAUUUUUUAUAGACUGUAUUUAUAAAAUGUUGAACAAACAUGUAUUUACAAUUACCUGCGGGAUUUUUAAAAUACUUCAGUUAAAUGUGUCAAUUCUUGCAUCAGCAAACUCAUCAUGCGCUGCAAGACAGAAGGACGUUGUGAACGUAAGAGUAAACUGUAAUAACUGUGAGGUUCUGUAAGAGGAACUAAACAGCUGAACUUCUCAUUUAGCAACCACAAGUUUGACAGACAGUUGGUUACAUCAUGUCAUCAGCGUGGAGGGUAGGGUGAAACAGGGUGCCAGCAUUUAAACUCACUGUUUGUGCUUGACUUUAGCCGUUGCUAUGUUUUUCAAGAUAAUCCCACUCCAACAUGCAUAAUAUAAACUUCAAAAACACUCAUUGACUGAAUACUGAUUUGAAAGCAGAUUUCUACUCUCUUCUAAAUAAAUGUUCUAAAAGUCUGUUUAUGUGUUCUGCAGUUAACCUGAAAAAUAAUAUUUAUGAUCAAGUGAUGUGACAGAACAGACAUUCAAAAAGUAACUUUUUGCUGUAGGCAUUGAUUUAUUCUUGUUUGAUUUUUGACGCAAAUGUUUCUACCUCCUUCAGAUUUGUUGAUAUCAUGGGGUGGAUUUUUGUGUGCAGAAACAGUUACAAUUUCACAACUCAUUAUUAAAAUGCCACGGUUUUAUGAUGCAAAAAAGAGAUGCUGCAAGAAAUGGGACAAUGAUGAAGAUUUUUUUCUACCAUAGAAAUUCAAUGCAUCCUUUCCAUCUGAAGAAAAGUAACCCCAGAGCAUGAUGCUGCCACCAACAGUGAAGUGUUGCUUUGGGAAUGUGCCGUGUUGUUUUUUUGUGUCAAGCAUACACUUUGGAUUUAUGGUCCAAAGGUUGUUUUUUUUUUCAUCUCUCCAUAACACAUUCUCCCACUACAUAUGGGAAGAUUUUAGCUUUCAUUUGUUUUGCACCCCCAACUCCUUAGCCCAGACAUAUGGUGAACACAACAGACUGCCAUCCCACAUAACACACGAGUACUUCUUAUAAAUACCCGAACCUCCCGCACUGUUGCUGUUGGCCUGUUUGCACCCUCCCUGACCAGUUCCAGUCUUCUCUUUUCAUCAAUUUAGGAGAAAUGGACAGUUGUAAGUUCCCAUAUUUUGUUAUGGCAUUGGUUUAUGUCUUCACUGUGCCAUGUUGUAAAUACAGUGCUGUAAAUAGUUGUAUCCUUCUGCUGACUGACACCUUUCUAUAACAUGUUGAUCCAUUCUAGCCUCUCAAACUAUAACUUUACCUAAAGUUUGCAAAUAAAGAACUAGCCAACA